AUGGGUCGCCCUAAGCCUGUUGCAAAAGAUCUUCUAGCCAGUAUCCCAUCAUCUGUUGAUGAGCAGCCAACACAAACCCUUCCUCCACCGAAGCCAAAAAGAAUAAAAAAGGCUCAACCAAAGGCCAAGGCAGCUCAGAGGCGCUCUGAGUCUCAACCACCAGAAUCUCAACAACCAAAAAAGCUGAGGUCUUCUUCUGCAACAACUUCGGGAUCAAAAAAGCCCGAUGCCCCCCGGGCCCCCACAAUUACUUUGGAAGACAAGCUUGUCAUGACAAGCGAUAGUGCCGAUGAUAUAAACGUCGGCAUCGCACUCAGUGCCGCUCUGCUUCUUCCAGGCGAUCUGGAGCGAAACGCCCAGUAUAGUGAGUAUGAGAGCUAUGCUCUAAUGCUUCAGCAUUCCGUUCAGAAGGCUGAGGUUGCUGAAGCCAUCAGGAAAGUGGUUGAGUCUCAGAAGAGAGAAGCAGAGGAAAAAAUGGCCCAGGCUGAAAAGGAGUUUCAGGAGGCUCUGGCCACCAAGGACGCCGAAAUCAAAGAGGCUAACGAAAAGGCGUACAGUCAAGGUAUGGCCGAUGUCACUGAGGCCUAUGAACUUCAAGUGAAGCAGAGGACUCACCAUAUUCUUCUUCCAUUCCCUCCACCUCCUCCACCAACUCAGUCCGAUGAAGACUCAGAAUCUGGAGAUGAGGAAGAUAAUGAUGCCUUGGUGAGAAAAGCAAAGGAGGUUACUGCAUCCAAGUCCCUUCCUUCAACUGAGCAAGUCCUGGACUUGACUCAAGAUGAAGAGGGCGAUGUGGUUGUCAAGGAAACUACCCCUGAGCAGGCAUCCUCCGACGUUCCUGUAGCCGACAAAAGUAUUGAUGAAUCCCUUGCCCAGAUUGAUGCAGAACUUGCAAUGGAAAAGGCGGCUGAGAUGGCUCUUCCAGAAUCUUCCGAGGUCCAAACCCAAGUUGCUGUUGAUGCUGAUGAACCUUAA